AUGCCUGGUUCCCACAAUGAUAUAUCUGUCCUGGAUUGCUCUCAUUUGUUUGAUGAACUUGCUGAAGGUCAUGGUCCUACUGUUAACUAUUUUCUUAAUCAAAAGCCACAUACAAUUGGAUAUUAUCUUACAGAUGGUAUAUAUCCCGCAUGGGCUACGAUUGUGAAAUCAAUAUCUCAACCUCAAACUAGAAAGCUCAAGUACUUUGCUACUAAACAAGAAAAAUAUCGCAAGGACGUGGAGAGAGCUUUUGGGGUUCUCCAAGCUCGAUUUGCUAUUAUAAAGGGGUCUGCUCGAGCUUGGCAGUUAGAUUUUCUUGGCAAGAUAAUGAAGACGUGCAUAAUUUUACACAACAUGAUUGUUGAAGAUGAACGUCCAUUAGAGGAAGUAUCAUUACGUGAUGUGCCCGAAAAUAGUACGAGAAGGAAUGAAGAAGAUGAGUACAAAUCUCUACCCGAUGCUAAAGAUGUACAUCGACUUCCAGCGGACUUAGAUGUUUUCUUGGCUCGUUACACUCAGAUCAGGAGUAGCCGACGCCAUGACGAACUCAAACAAGAUCUUAUUGAUCAUUUAUGGAAUCUUAGAGGCGGUCGGCCUUAA